GAGAGAGAGAGAGAGAGAGAGAGAGAGAGAUGGCUGGUUGGUGUGUGAAUGUUAUGGUGGUGCUUGUGUUGGUGACAGUUCAUCACACUAACGCAAGAAAUGUGCCUAGUGGUGCUGGCCUUGAUGACCAAAAGAACUUCGUCACCUUUGGUGGUGUAGGGGGGGCUGCAGGAAUUAGUGGCACUGGGCUUCCUUUUGGUGGGGUAGGAGGCAUUGGUGGGAUAACUGGGCUUGGUGGUACUGGUGGGCUCGGUGGUGUUGGAGGAAUUGGUGGACUCGGUGGUGGUAGUGGGCUCGGUGGGCUCGGUGAUGGAAGUGGUGGACUUGGUGGGCUCGGUGGUGGUAGUGGGCUUGGAGGGCUAGGUGGUGGAAGUGGUGGAGUUGGUGGACUGGGUGGUACUGUUGGUGGCGGUGUUGGUGGUGCUGCUGGAGGUGGAGUUGGCGGUGGUGCAGGCGGUGGUGUUGGUGGUGCUGCUGGUGGUGGCUCUGGUACACUCCCACUUCCUUGAAGCUGAGGGUUCACUAGCUAGUCUGAUUAUGGUAGUUAAGUUGAAUGCGUGUGUUGUUUACUUAGUUUUCUCAUGCUCCUUUAUGAGUCUUUUCUCUCCAUUCUCGUUGCCAUGCAUUGUACGUUGUAGUAGAAAACUUGAUCUAGAGUGGAAGUGUCAAUCAUGGUAGUCCUUAGCAUUUUUGCAUCAAAUGUUUAAUGAUCACCUCAGUCUAUAUUUUAAA